CAUGGCUCUCCACCCCCGGGAAGGCCAGGAGUUCAGGGGCGGACCCUGCUCAGCAUUAAAUACUUGCGUCCGGCACUGCCCAGGCCUCCUGUGCCGCCUUCCCAGCCGGUCACUCGACCAAGAUCCACCAUGACGACUUACAGUGACAAGGGAGCAAAGCCCGAGAGAGGCCGAUUCCUCCACUUCCACUCUGUCACCUUCUGGGUCGGCAAUGCCAAGCAGGCUGCCUCAUUCUACUGCACCAAGAUGGGCUUCGAGCCGCUGGCCUACAGGGGCCUGGAGACAGGGUCCCGGCAGGUGGUCAGCCAUGUGAUCAAGCAAGGGCAGAUUGUGUUUGUCCUCUCCUCAGCACUCAACCCCGGGAACAAAGAGAUGGGCGACCACCUGGUGAAACACGGCGACGGAGUGAAGGACAUCGCGUUCGAGGUGGAAGACUGUGACUACAUCGUGCAGAAAGCCCGGGAACGGGGGGCCAAAAUCCUGCGGGAGCCCUGGGUGGAGCAAGACAAGUUUGGGAAGGUGAAGUUUGCUGUCCUGCAGACGUAUGGGGACACCACUCACACCCUGGUGGAGAAGAUGAACUACACCGGCCGCUUCCUGCCUGGGUUCGAGGCCCCAAUGUCCAAGGACCCCCUCCUUUCCAAGCUGCCCAGCUGCAGCCUGGAGAUUAUCGACCACAUUGUGGGAAACCAGCCUGAGCAGGAGAUGGUGUCGGCCUCGGAAUGGUGCAAAUCUAGGCUUCCGGAAGGUGGAAGUGGGGGCGGGCCAGGCCGGUCCCCGGCUGGCGCUCGGAGCAGACGCGUCCCGCUGGCCACUGUGCAGGUACCUGAGAAACCUGCAGUUCCACCGCUUCUGGUCCGUGGACGACACGCAGGUGCACACAGAGUACAGCUCCCUGCGCUCCAUCGUGGUGGCCAACUACGAGGAGUCCAUCAAAAUGCCCAUCAACGAGCCAGCGCCUGGCCGCAAGAAGUCCCAGAUCCAGGAAUACGUGGACUACAACGGGGGAGCCGGGGUCCAGCACAUCGCCCUCAAGACCCACGACAUCAUCUCCGCGAUUCGCCACUUGAGAGAGAGAGGCAUGGAGUUCCUGGCUGUGCCGGCCACUUACUACAAGCAGCUGCGGGAGAAGCUCAGGUCGGCCAAGAUCCGGGUGACCGAGAGCAUCGAUGUCCUGGAGGAGCUGAAAAUCCUGGUGGACUACGACGAGAAAGGCUACCUCCUGCAGAUCUUCACCAAGCCCAUGCAAGACCGGCCCACGCUCUUCUUGGAGGUCAUCCAGCGACACAACCACCAGGGCUUCGGAGCCGGCAACUUCAACUCCCUGUUCAAAGCCUUCGAAGAGGAGCAGAAUCUGAGAGGCAACCUCACCGACAUGGAGACCAACGGGGUGGUGCCCGGCAUGUAGGCCCCGCCCACUCCCGCCGACCUACAGAGGCUCCGCCCACUCGCCGGCGCGCGGCCACGCCCCCGCCUCGGAACACGCUCCCCUCCCGGGCCCGGCGCGUCAGUCCCCACUAGCCACACCCCGAGCCACGCCCACCUCGUGACCACGUGUCCUCCUGAGUAAAGCUCGCCCCAGUCCAA